CUUGUGUUUUUCCAGGCCAUUUUCUGAUCUCUUUCCAAAAACCUUCUCCCCAGAUCCGUUGACAACAAGCUGCUGGAAAGCCCCUCCCCGAGGGAGGGGAGAAGACAUAAUUGAUUUUUCAAGAACAGCUUCACAACAUUAAACCAAAAGAGGAUUUGUGCCGCUGCCAACGCGAGAAGGGUCUGGAGGUGCGAGCUGCUGCGUGACACGCCGGGGGCUUUGCAGGGUCAUGUUUCCCCGUCGCUUGCCUUGGCGGGGACGCGGCGCUACCUGCGAGCCCUGGCAGCUGCGGCGCUGCGGGGAGAGGUGCCAAGCGCCCAGAGGAGUCAACACGACCGCGGGGCAGGAGCAACAGGUCGGCAUGCGGGAGAAACUAUUAGAAGAGCCGAGAACGCCCCUUGAAAGGAGAGAAACUGAGACUCUCUUCCAAGAGCAGCCUGAGAUUGGGAACCAGUAUUUGGAAGAUGCUUUGCUCCGGAAUUACUUGAAAGCGCACCUUCCGCCCCAGGUCCUGCAGGAGGUGAACCAGGACCUGGAGAGAUUUGGAAACCGCCUGCUCACCAAGAUCCAACCUCUGGCAUGGGAAUGCGAGUGGAACCCCCCUGUGUUUCGGCCGUACGAUGCCUGGGGACAGCGGGUCGAUCGCAUCAUCACCUGCUCAGCCUGGAGGAGGAUGAAGGAGAUUGCAGCAGAAGAGGGGCUGAUUGCUGAGGCCUACGAGAGAAGAUACUCCAACUGGAGCCGAAUGUAUCAGGCUGUCAAACUGUACCUAUUUUCAAGCUCCUCUGGAGGUUUCAACUGUCCGCUGGCCAUGACGGAUGGGGCAGCCAAAGUGAUUGAGUCACUAGGUGUUCCUGGAUCUCUGAAAAAUGCUUUUGACCAUCUGACAUCCCGAGACCCUAAAAAGUUCUGGACCUCUGGCCAGUGGAUGACGGAGCGCAGGGGCGGCUCUGAUGUGGCUAACGGCACCGAGACAGUGGCCAGAAAGCAGGCAGAUGGCACAUACCGUCUCUAUGGUUUUAAAUGGUUUACAUCAGCUGCUGACUCUGACAUGGCGUUAACCUUGGCCAGGGUAGUGGAUGCUGAAGGAUGUGUAAAACAGGGUUCCAGCGGCCUGUCCCUGUUCUUCCUGAAGGUCCGAGAUGAGGAGGGGAAGCUGAACAACAUCCAAGUGCAAAGGCUGAAAGACAAGUUGGGCACACGGCAGAUGGCAACAGGGGAGCUGUGGCUCAAUGGAGCUGAAGCACAGCUCAUCUCUGCAGAGGGUCGUGGAGUGGCCUCCAUCUCCAACAUGCUGAACAUAACACGAAUCCACAAUGUCAUUGCCGCUGUAGCUUCCAUGAGAAGGAUGAUCAAUCUGAGCAGGGAGUAUGCCCGUCGGCGAGUUGCCUUUGGGAAGCUCCUCAAGGACCAUCCGCUCCACGUGCAGACGAUGGCCCGGAUGGAGGUGCAGACGCGAGGGGCUUUUCUUCUGCUUAUGGAGAUUGUUCGGCUGCUUGGACUUGUAGAAACCAACAUGGCGAGUGAGGAAGACCAGCUUCUCCUGAGGCUGCUCGUACCGGUCGCCAAACUAUACACUGGGAAGCAGGCUUCUGCUGUUGUUAUUGAGGCAAUGGAGAGCUUUGGAGGACAAGGUUACAUGGAGGACACAGGCUUGCCGGUUGUCAUCCGCGAUACCCUGGUGCUGUCCAUAUGGGAGGGAACAACCAAUGUCCUGUCACUGGACGUCCUGCGGUCCCUCACCAAGAGUCAGGGCCAGGCGCUGGCCGUGUUCUGCUCCGCAGUGCAGUCUGCAGAGUGGCAGGAGAACACGCGGCGAGAAGAGCAAGCGGGAGAGAGCCUGGAAUCCAGCCCAGCCCUGCGGGGAGCUCAGGCUGAGGCUGCACGGGGACCGUCGAAAAAACUGGAGCUGGCUGCGAGCACCGCGGAACUGGGACCCGCCGUGAAGCAGAUGCACGAUGCCAUCGGCCGGCUGGUGCAGUUCGUGCAGGGAGCUGGUUCCAAGGGGACGGUGACCAUGGAGCUGGCGGCAAGAGACUUCUCCUACAGCCUGGCCAGGAUCUAUGCAGGAGCUCUUCUAACCGAACACGCGGCUCGGCCCGGUGCUGCCUCCACAGACAUCUCGGCUGCUGGGCGGUGGUGCAGCGGGGAGCUGUGCCCGGUGGCCGCGGAGCUGCGGAGCGGGAGCUACGAGGACGGGGCGGUGCUGGCGGACAGCGCGCUGGUGUUCGGUGACCCUGACCUGCCGCACGCAGGAGAAGAUCAUUGAUAAAGAGAUUAAACAGAACCGGCCCCAGUACUGAGCCCUGGGGACACCACUCGUGACCGGUCAGCAACUGGACGUGGCUCCUUUCACCACAACUCUUUGGGCCUGACUGUCCAGCCGGUUCUUUACCCAUUGCAGAUACACCAUCCAGCCCAGCCUGAGAUGCUGAAAUGUCCCCACCACGUUUUAGGCCAAGACUAAGUGCUCAAAGGCAGAGAACGACUUCAAGAAGCAGCUCUUCAAGUGCCAAGUGCUGUUCUUUUGAAAGAAAAAACUAACCAAAAAUCAAUCUGGUUUGAAGUUAAUUAAAUGGCAAAUGGCUUGAAGUUAAUUAAAUACAGAAGAACACGGUUUUCCCUGUUCACCCUCUCGCUUUCCAAGCAGGGGAGGCAGGGGCACGGCUUAGUCUGGCUCAUGCUUUUGGUUUUCCCUUUUACAUUCUUCCUUGUCUCAAACAAGCUCAAGCUCUCAACAAGGAGGAGGUGAUUUUAAUGACAUCAAAACUGUACAAGUUUGGACUAAAAUUAAAAAAGAAUAUUUUUCUUAAUUUCUAAUAAGAAAGCUUUUUGUAUUCUCUGUGUCCUCCUUACCUGUGUCCUAAUGAUGCUGCACUUCAUGUCAACAUCAAUUCUGGCAUCAAUUUUGGACUGAAAUCCAGCAAUCCUCCCCCAAAGCAAAUGCCUGAAUAGUCAUUAAAAAGCUGCUAAUAACAGAAGUAAAACAAUCGCAGAAUAAAGUCAGUGGGAAUCAAAGUGGAACUUCCCUCGAGUCGCACAGCACCGUUUGCCCAGAGCUGACCAAAGGGUUUGAUGGGUUCCCCCAUCCCUGACGUGCAGUUCAGUGGAUAAAUAACAUUUGGGCUUGAAAAAUCUCGCACAUCACUGUGUGCGUUUGGUGUCAAAGGCCCUACAGGCGGCAAAGCACCCGAACCUGCUGUGCUGUGUAAAAAUCAGGAUGUGGCUCCAACCUCAGCGAUGGCGGCAAAGUCCGUCAAUGUGGUUUUGAACUACUGGAAUGAGUUUUUCCUAAUAUAUGAACUCUAAUUUGCCUAAAAACACACCCUGCGAACUGGGAGUCCUGCAGAUGCACUGACACAGAAAACACAAGGGACUGUACAACUGUCACCGUGUAGGAAAAUGACACAUUCAUCAAGCCCUAAAUAUUCACUCUGAGGCUACAGCAAAUAAAUGCUGUUACAAACAGGUCAGCACGAGGGUCAAACACCUUACACUGCUGCUAAACCGCUCUCCGCUCUGAUAGGUUUGCGUGUUUUAAAGCAUUUAAUGUUCUUGAAGUAAUUAUGCAAGGUAAUAACGCACCUAUGGGCAAUCAGUUUGUAUUUGUUAAAUAGGAAGAUAAAACUUCAGCAGCAUUUUAAAAAGUUGGAAGUUUGAAGAAUAUGGAAAACUUGAAUCCCAAAAUGCAACGAUCUGAGCUCUGAUGUCAGAGGGGAAAACAGGGGUUGGGAACCGGUGAUUCCUCUGCUCAGGAACCGGCCCGGCUGUGUUACAGACAGACAGACAGACGCUGUACGGACAUGGCUGUGUUGAAAGGUCACGUUUCUCUUCUUGCUCUUGUGCUGGCGGAUCCUCUCCAGCAGAAACAAGGGCUGAGCUGUGACCAAAGCCCUGCGUGCCCUCCUGGGCAGCCUGGGCCAGGCUCUGCCACCCUCACCAUGAAGAAGUUUCUUCUCAAAUUUAACUGGAACCUCCUGUGUUCCAGUUUGCACCCAUUACCCCUUGUCCUGUCACUGGUUGUCACCAGAAGAGCCUGGCUCCAUCCUCCUGACACUCCCCCUUUCCAUAUUGAUCCCCAGGAAUGAGUCCCCCUCAGUCUCCUCUUGUCCAGCUCCAGAGCCCCAGCUCCCUCAGCCUUUCCUCACACGGGAGAUGCUCCACUCCCUUCAGCAUCUUGGUGGCUGCGCUGGACUCUCUCCAGCAGUUCCCUGUCCUGCUGGAACUGAGGGGCCACAGCUGGACACAAUAUUCCAGGUGUGGUCUCCCCAGGGCAGAGCAGAGGGGCAGGAGAACCUCUCUGACCUACUGACCACCCCCUUCUAACCCACCCCAGGUACCAUUGGCUUCCUGGCCACAAGGGCCCAGUGCUGGCUCAUGGUCACCCUGCUGUCCCCAGGACCCCCAGGUCCCUUUCCCCUACGCUGCUCUCUAAUAGGUCAUUCCCCAACUUACACUGGAACCUGGGGUUGUUCCUGCCCAGAUUCAAGACUCCACAUUGGCCAUGUGCAAUGCUCCCAUUAAGCUGCACAAACCGCCUCCAUAUAAGAAAGUGGUUUUAAGUGUGUAAGGCAGCGCUGGCGCUGCAAACCAGGACGGCAGUGCCGCUCUGCCCUCAGGCUCGCAGCAGUUUGAGCUGCUACAGGAGAGGCAAGGAGGUUCAUUCGGAAGAACCCAUCACUGGGAAAGGAGCUCCCACCCCACGCCUGCUGUGGGCUGCUCUGCCCCGAUGUGAGACCGUCACCCACGGGGGAAGGCAAGUUCUCAGCUCCCACCAGCGAGGGGCCCUGUGGGGCUUCGCUCUGUGUUCCUGAAGCAGCGCCCCCCGAGGAGCGCGGGGUCCAGGCUGUGCCCUGAGCAGGUAACCGCUGCAGCCCCUCAAACAACACUUCAAAGUCACACAAUCAAACUGUGGGGUGUAACUGAAAACCUGCUGUUCCUUUGUGUGUUCUUAAUAGUGAUAUAUGCUUUUCUUUAUUCUUGAAGCUGUAAAUACCACUCACCAGCUGCGAUCUCAGCUCUGCCCAGACUCUGCGCUUCUAUUUGAUAAAAUAAAUACCAUGAGAUCAUAAAGCAAUUUCAGACAAUGUCUAGUGACUAGAACAGGCCUGUCCCAAAAUAACUCCCAGUUGCUCAAGGAGCUGUUCGGUCUCCCUGAGAAUUCAGGGAAAAUCCUCUCUCUCAAUUUCAAAUAUGUCAGAAAAGGAGGAACUGAUUGAAUACGAGUGUAUGUGACAGGAGCACACGCAGCCAAGGGGCUGAAAUGGGGAAAAGGAGAAGAAUCAGACCCUGGUGGACGACAAACAGCAGCUGAGCUUCCCACCCUCCGGGAGAAGAGUAAAAGAUGUUCAACUGGAGCGAGUUGGGUUUGCUCCCAAAGGGCCGCGGCUCCGCCGUCCAGCAUUUCAAUAAGGCAGAAGGUGCCAAGGACAGGCGAGCGCUGCGGAGGGGAAGGGCCGGCCUGGGCCACCCCCACAUCUGGGCCACCCCCACAUCUGGGCCACCCCCACAUCUGGCCAACCUCACCAAACCACGCAUGUUGCACUGACGGGCCACGUGGUUUGCGUCUCCUCUGCCUCCCUGGGACCAGCAAAACUGCGCUUAACGGGUUUUCUUCUAAGUUGAGGAGCAACAGAUUGUUCCUUGCAAAGACACAGCGAAGGGCCACGGUGCUCAAAGGCCUCGGUGCUCCUGCUGAACCUCCAAUUUAUCCCCUACGGAGGACGGGGAGAAGGAAAAUAAAAAAUGAGAAAG